AAAUAAAAAAAGUGAAUCAUGAAAGUUUUCCCGCGUACCAGACUGCCCACACACAUAAUACCUCGACAAAAGAACAAGGCUGAGUUAGUGGCGAGGUGAUGGCGGAGUGUUCCACCUCCUCUACAAUGUCGUCUUCUCUUGUUCCUCUUUCUUCUCUCUGGAAUCUGCCGUCUUCUCAGAUUAUAUCAAUUUCCAUUCUCUUCUCUUUCUCUUUCUUUUCUUUUCAUCCUUCUCCUUCCGCUGCCAACAAUUCACCACCAUGAAGUCUUCCGCUGGAAUCCGCAGCCUCCAGCAGGAACCAUACAUCCGUACCCGAGAGAAUCCGUACUUUACUGGUUUACGAAGAGGUGAUAUUGCCUCUAGGAAUCAGACUCCUACAUUGGACUUUCAAGGAAAUGAUGCAAGCCGAAAUAUUUCUCGGACAACAUCAGAGAUUAGUCAUGCAAGAAGUAAAGAUUUUAUUCAAGAUAUAUCUGAAAAAUCCAAUGACUCACUAUUAGAGGACUCUGUCUCAGAUAUUGUUCUGAAUCCCAUUCGGCAGUCUGCAUCUGGGAGGUUGUCAAAGAUCUCUUCAAGUUCAUUUGCAUUUUCAAGUUUUCAAUCUGAUACAAGCUUUGAGUUGGGUGAUGAUGCAUAUGAUUCAACUAAAGAAUCUAGCCCCAAAACAUCCGAAGCAGCUGAAGAGUGUCAAAUUGUAGCUAGCCAAACAAGACCUGUAACUGAAAAGUGUUUUAGCAUGAUCCAUAGCAAACAAAACCUGUCCAAGGUACCACUUCCUCAGUCUGCUGCAUCAUUCUAUAAUGGAUUUUCUCCACAAGUUGAAAUUGUGGAAUCAUGGGAAAGCAUUACGAGGCUAAUUCUAUAUUUAAAAGCCAGAAGAAAUGAUGUCCGUGCCGGUGUUCCUGGAAAAUUCUUGCAUGCUGUAAUUGGGCAAGAUGUCUCUGAUGUUGGAUCCAUCGUCUCAACCAUCAUGUAUGCCUUCUACUUGAAUAAUACACUUGAAAGUGAUCAGUUAUGCACUAUACCAGUGAUUAAUAUUAAAAGGACAGACCUAAGCUCUCGUGCCGAACUAAAAUGGUUGCUGGAUUCAUGUCAAAUUGACGGGUCAUCCUUAAUUUGUGUAGAUGAGAUUGACCUUUCAUAUUACAAUCUGUUCGGGAGCCUCAAGCUAGUUCUGCUAAAUGGAGACAAGCUCCCAACCAAACAAGAGGCAUUAAAGGGAGCAGUAGUUGAGAUAUUCAAUUGCAGAAAGGAUGAAUCAGUAUACCCUGGGGUUGAGAAAAUUACUGUGGGAGAGGACUCCUCUUGCUGCACCCUCAUUGCUGAAAAGUUUGCACUGACUUCACCUGAGAUUUUGGCUGAACAAGGAUUCAGCAGACUUUUGUUGGCAGGCAUCCUCUUGGAUAGUGGAAAUCUGUCAGGUCCACAUUGUACAACUAAAGACAAGUACAUGGCUACAUUAUUGAUCAAUGGUGCUGGUCGCUUUGGCUCCAAUGGUUUUUACCAACUAUUGCGAUACAAAAUGUAUGAUGUCUCUGAUCUUAAAGUAGUUGACAUAUUGCGGAAGGAUUUUAAGAAGUGGGCAAGAGCAGGUAAGCUUGAUAAUGCUGGUUCGAGAUCACUGGUAUCAUACAUUGGGAUGAGUUCUAUUGGCAUAUCAAUUGAGCAACUUCUUUCUCAUCAGAAUAGCUCCACAGAAGAAAUCAAAUAUUUCCAGCAGUUGGAGAGACUUCGGCUACUCAUGAUUGUAUCUGGGUAUUACGAUUUGCAGAAGAACUUCAAGAGAGAGAUACUGGUGACUGCCGAAUCAGCGGAGCUUAUGAAGAAUCUGCUCUUGUUCUUGAAUUCAAAUGCCUUGCACCUGCCACUCAAAGUUCUCCAUCAACCAGGUCUUAAAGAUGAGAUGAGGGUAUUUGAGAUUGACAAGAUCACAUCAAGGAAGACUAUUGAGCGUCUCCUGGAAGAAUUUACUGCUGCAUCCAAAGGUUAAUCCUGUUCGUGAGCACAUGCAACCCAGCCCACUUCCCAUCUCUCUAAAUCAAUGGUGAAGAAUAGGUCUAUUCUAGAGAAGAGCUUUUCCACCCUUGGUUGUAGGGUUUUUUCUCAAACAUAUUUUGCUGCCAUUCUGUGAUUGAAAAAUUAGUCUAAAAGAUUGUUGACUACUCUCGAUGUAUUACAUCUAAUGAUUGGAUAAAAUAUUAUGUAUUUUGAGUAAAGAAAGUAAGUUAUAUAUUAAUUUAUUUAAUA